GCGUAAUUUCUAUAUUAUUCAACACAGUCUCAUAUAUCUAUACAUAUAUAUUAAACAAGCAUGAAGUGCACGGCGGGAGAUAUUUUGUUUGGUCAGCCAGUCAGGUCCCGACCUUUAAACAAGAUCAAGAGUAUCCACAUUAUCUUAAUCUCUACACAGUGAAUAUAUAUAAAAUUAUUACUGAAAAUAUAUUUUAAUACAACAACGAAUAUGUAUAAUUUAAAAAUAAAAAUUGUAUUUGUAUUUUUUCUAAUAAACUCUUGUCAAUAUUUAUUAUCAGCAGUUACUUUAAAAAAUAAUCCUACACCAGUAGUUCUAUGGCAUGGAAUGGGUGACAGCUGCUGUUUUUCCUUCAGUCUAGGGCAGAUUAAAAAAAUAAUUGAAGAAGAAAUACCAGAUGUUUAUGUCAAGUCCAUCAGAAUUGGAAAUAAUGUCAUAGAGGAUGUAGAGAAUAGUUAUUUCAAAAAUGUUAAUGAACAAAUAGAAGAAGUUUGCGGAGAGUUAGCGAACGAUACCAGUUUGAAAAACGGAUUCAAUGCCAUUGGAUUUUCCCAGGGUGGUCAAUUUUUGCGAGGCGUUGCUGAAAGAUGUCCUGGUCCUGGUAUGAAAAAUCUUAUUUCGCUGGGCGGUCAGCAUCAGGGCGUUUACGGGCUUCCAAAUUGCGGCUCCUUGGAGCAUAAAGUCUGCGAUUACUUGAGACGAAUCUUAAAUCACGGCGCUUACUUGUCCUUUGUACAAAAUCGAUUUGUUCAGGCCGAAUACUGGCACGAUCCGCUUAAAGAAGACGAGUACAAGAAGAAUAGUGUUUUUUUAGCGGAUAUUAACAAUGAGCUUGUUGUCAAUGAGACUUAUAAAGAAAAUCUCCAACGUCUAGAGACCUUGGUACUUGUUAAGUUUGAGAAUGACACAAUGGUACAGCCACGUGAGACCGAGUGGUUUGGAUUUUACAAGCCUGGGCAAUCAACUGAAUUGCAGACACUUCAGGAGUCUGAUCUUUAUGUCCAAGAUCGUUUAGGAUUGAAACAAAUGGACGAAGCUGGAAAAAUUCAUUUUCUGUCAAUACCAGCAAAUCAUCUGCAAUUUGAUGAAGACUGGUUCAAAGAACAGAUAAUUCAUAAAUAUCUCGUUUGAAUAAUUAUUUAAAUCAGUUUAAUUAUUUAAAAAUUUUUUACUUGAAUUUAAUAAAUAAAGACAUUUAAAUAUAAAGCAACACAACGAAUGUACUUUAUUACCACUCGCAAGCUAGAAAGUGGUGCCACCUCGAGCAGGGAAAGAACCGACAGAUGUGAAACAGAACAAUCUCCAUAUCUUCAACUUGAAAGUCUGUACCGUAGAUACAACAGCCCGCAUUUAAAAUUGAUACUCAACGAUACUUAGACUGAUGAUAAAAAUACAAA